CUGGCCAGUGGAUGCUGGGCCUCUCUGGUCCUUUCCUGGGGAGGGAAACGCGUCUCCUUGGGACCCCGAAGUCCAUCCUGAGCCACAUCCCUUCCCUUGGCGACUCCCUUUUCCUGCCUCUCAAGGCCAAGACAAGCGGCAGAAGGCGCAGCUCAGGCUCAGACCUCGCUUCCCAGCAAAGGCAGGAGCAGACCAGAGCCUGCAAACCUUUUUCCCCAAAAAAUAUUAAUUUUCUGGAGCAUCUCCAGGGAGGGCUACAUUUGCAUCAAAGGAGGAAACAGGAGAGGGAGGAAAGUGUCUUUGGCAAGGCAGAAGAAGAAGAGAGGAGAGGAAAGGAUUGAGGACACCCUUUGGGCUCCUUUCCUCCUUCUUUCCAUCCUUCUUUCCUUCCCUCCCUCCAUCCAGAAGCACCUCAGGGUGGCUUCUUUUGGGAAGACUUCUAGUUCUUCCUCUUCUUCUUCUACUUCUCCCCUUUGAAGUUGAAUAUGAUCCCCAAACUCUGGGCUCUUCUCAACGCCUUUCUCCUGCAGGGAUUGCUGGGGCUCCAAGGACUUUCCAUGGGAAAUGGACCAAUGAAACCGGAAGUGGAUUUUGCCGGAGACACGAUUACAGUCGACGCCGGAGAUGCGUUUGCCAUAACUUGCAGGGGCGCGAAGGGCUUGACCUGGGGCUGGAAAAAUGACCAGUUCACAGCCGGCAAGCGGUGGCACACCAAGGUGCAGAAGUGUCCUGACAGAUCAUCGCUGGCCUGCAACAGGCUUGUGGUCAACCGCGCCGUAGCCAAUGACACCGGCUACUUCACCUGCUUUUACAGCCAGCUCUCUUCCAAUGAGGAACUCAAGGCCAAGUUAUACGUCUUUGUCAGAGAUCCCAAAAUUCCCUUUGUGGACAACCCGACGCACCCCGAUGUCAUCUACGUCGAGAACCCGCAGAACGUGGUCACCGUUCCCUGCCGCGUGACCUCGCCGGACAUCAGGCCGGUUCUGCAGCUGCAUACCUUCCCAAGGACAUUCAGCUACGCAAAGAAGGAAUGGGAUCCCAAAAGAGGCUUUCUCGUCACCUCGCCCUCCUUUGAGUUCUUCAGCACCAUGCUCCAGUGCGCGGCCACCCUCAAUGGGAAGACGUACACCUCCUACUACAUCCCACAGAGAGUGGAGAAGAAUGUCUGGAACCUGACCCUAACAGCGACCCCCGAGAAGCUUCUCAUAGGAGACACCCUUCACUUGGAGUGCAAAGCCAAGACCAAGUACAACGGUCGGAUCCCAGUGGUGUGGACAGGCCCUGGGAGCAGUAACUACUAUGCUUCAAGAGUUUUGGACCAGAGUCAGCCUGUCUACAAGGGCUCCAGCAACGUCACCAUCCACAACGUGACCCUGGAAAACAAAGGAACGUACACCUGCAAAGUCUUCAACACAACGCGUGGAGAUCUGACGGCCAGCGUCGCUGUUGCAGUAUAUAAGAAAGCUUUCCUCCGAGUGUAUAAGAAGAAGCAGUAUUACGAGGUCUUGGAAGGACAUCGGUUGCUGAAACUGACUUGGAAAGUUGACGCUGUUCCCAACCCCAGUGUGACCUGGUACAAGGACGGCAAGCCACUGCCUACAAACAACUGCUAUGAACCCGAUCCUGCAAAGUACAAACUAAUCAUCAGGGACGUGAGUGCAAAACAUGCAGGGAACUAUACCAUACUCCUCAACAACGUGAAGCAUGGCCUCUCUAGAAACCACACCAUCCAAGUGGUUGUGUUAGAGAGGCCCAAAAUCUAUGAAAAGGAGACGGAUUUCUACAAGCCGGACUUGGUCUCCAAAGGAGAGGAGCAGAGCCUCCAAUGCACAGCAAGCGGGACUCCGCUGCCCAGCAUCCACUGGGAAUGGGAGCCCUGCAGCCAUGCCGACAGCCAGUGCAAACAGCGUGGAGGGAAAAGCAAGGUGGAAGAGACCAUUGGGAGCGAAGCCACAUACGCGGUGAACAGGAUCAAGAGCAUUAAGAUGAGGACCAUGACGCAUGACGACAAGUUAAAGAUCAUAAGCGUUCUGACGACGGCCACGAGCAACGUCUCUGGGAUCUACUUCUGUGUGGCUUCCAACAAAGUGGGCACCGAAGAAAGAAGGAUUGAGUUCUUCGUCUCUGACAUGCCCUCGAAACUACAGACCGACCCACAGGUCACAGCCAUUGUGGCCAGUGACGUCCAGCUGACCUGCAAGUCCUCCAAGUACCUCUACAGCCACCUCUCGUGGUUUGACCCCACUUUGCAGGAAAUCCCGGAGUCCUUCACCCAGAAGAAGGUGGACAACUACUCCAUCUCGGUGACGCUGGGCCUCCGGAACGUCUCCCAGGCCCAGUCGGGGCUCUACAUGUGCAGGGCCCGGUCUCAUGGCAACAGCACCGAGGGCUUAGAGAAGAGCACCAUGCUCAGCAUCAAGCUUAAGACCGUCCCUCACAUUAUGGAGAACUUCACCGACUUGGAGGUGAACGUCAGCGGGAAGAUCGUCCUUGAGUGCCGGGCCCAUGGGACGCCCCAACCGGUGAUCGCGUGGCUCAAGAACGGCAACCCCAUCGCCCCGGCUUCAGGGAUUUCCAUGGAAAACAACACGCUGGUGAUUGAGCGGGUGAAAAAGGAUGACGAAGGCCACUACGAAUGCAAGGCAGUCAAUGAAAUGGGCCAAGACAGCACCCAGGCCUUUAUUAAAAUCGAAGGCUCAGAGGAAAAGUCCAAUAUCGAAGUCAUCAUUUUGGUUUGCACGGGACUGGCGGCAACUCUCUUCUGGCUUCUCUUGACCCUCUUCAUCCGGAAACUAAGAAAACCGGAUGCCACCGACAUUAAGACGGGGUACUUGUCUAUCAUCAUGGAUCCGGAAGAGAUGCCACUCGAUGAACAGUGCGAACGCCUCCCGUACGACAGCAGCAAAUGGGAGUUCCCACGAGAUCGGCUGCGGCUGGGUAAAACUCUGGGUCAUGGUGCUUUUGGGAAAGUGGUGGAGGCGUCUGCUUUUGGCAUAGAUAAAUCUUCAACCUGCAAAACAGUGGCAGUUAAAAUGCUUAAAGAGUGUGCAACCACCAACGAGUGCAAAGCCUUGAUGUCCGAGCUGAAGAUCCUCAUCCACAUUGGCCAUCACUUGAACGUGGUCAACCUCUUGGGAGCUUGCACCAAGCCAGGAGGUCCUUUGAUGGUCAUAGUAGAAUACUGCAAAUAUGGAAAUCUGUCCAAUUACCUACGAGGGAAACGUGGAGACUUCAUUGCAAGCAAGCCACAGGAAAAUUCAGACCCUGCGGAGAAAGGUCUGGAAGAAUCGAUCAAUGAUUUAACCGAGUUGAUCAAGAGGCGUUUGGAAAGCGUGGCCAGCACUGGAAGCUCUGCCAGCUCCGGGUUCAUCGAGGACAAGAGUUACACAGACUCCGAAGAGGAAGAAGAAGAUGCUGAAGACCUCUACAAGCGGCCCUUGACCUUGGAGGACCUCAUCUGCUACAGCUUCCAGGUGGCCAAAGGCAUGGAGUUCUUGGCCUCAAGAAAAUGCAUCCACAGGGACCUGGCAGCCAGGAAUAUUCUGCUCUCCGAAAACAAUGUGGUGAAGAUCUGUGACUUUGGCCUGGCCAGAGAUAUUUACAAAGAUCCCGACUAUGUGCGGAAAGGCGACGCAAGGCUUCCGCUGAAAUGGAUGGCUCCGGAAGCGAUUUUUGACAAAAUCUACACAACCCAGAGCGACGUGUGGUCCUUUGGUGUGUUGCUGUGGGAGAUAUUUUCUCUAGGGGCCUCCCCAUAUCCAGGGCUGCAGAUCGAUGAGGACUUCUGCCGGCGUCUCAAAGAAGGGACCCGGAUGAGGUCUCCCGAAUAUUCGACUCCAGAAAUCUACCAGACCAUGCUGGAUUGCUGGCACGGCAUCCCAACAGAGAGACCGACCUUCACCGAACUUGUGGAGCGUUUGGGAGACCUUCUUCAGGCAAAUGUCCAGCAGGACGGGAAGGACUACAUCCCGCUCAACAUCACCUUGUGCCCAGACGGAGAGCCCAACCCCAAGGUCUGCGUCUCGGAAGAGAAGGUGAUUGACGGCGUUCAUCGCUGGAGCGCCUUGGAAGCCAAUAUCAACACCAAGAAUCGGCCGCUGAGCGUGAAGACCUUUGACGAGGUGCCGGUGGAGAAGGAGAAGGCGCUGCAUGACGACUGUGAAUCAGACAGUGGGAUGGUGCUGACGCUGGAUGAAAUCAAAAGCCGGAAGAGGCUGGAAAUCCGCUCCUGGCCUUAUGGGAUCAUGGCUCUGGCGAAGAAAGCCAUGGUCCACAAGAGCAAGGAGUCCGUCUUCUCUGAAACCGGACGCGAGCCGGUGAAAUACCGGCGAUCGGCGGCUCCGGAGGCGGAGGAGGAGAGCGCCUUGGAGGAAUCGGUUCUGCUCCCGAUGGAUCCCGGUCUGGAAUGCCACAGCCCUCCGCCCGACUACAACUCCGUGAUCCAGUACGCGGCUCCUCCGGUGUAGCCCUCCGCCUUCUCCAUUUGCAGCCUCAACCUUCCCUUUCUCAAAGCCUGCUCUGAGGACUGAAUGGCAUUAAGAAGAGAGGACCAGUUGCCCAAAAGCACGGCUUUGUCCGUCCUUGGCAUCUGGUCCCUAUGGAAAUCCAUUAACUGCAAACCAUUUGCUGCAAAGCAAGGGCAUAUUUGUGGGACAUCCCUCUUGUUCACUUUCUUGUACCAAAUAUUCUCCCUCUUUGGUCCCUGCACCUCAAAAUCAAUUUCUAAGAUCGGUAAGGUUUCUUAAAUCAGGGAUUGCAGCCUUUGCUUUGCUUGCUUUUCGGCCUCUCUCCUCGCUUUUCCUCCCUCCCGAAAAAGGAUUUGCACUGGCCGACGGACGGACGGCAACAUUUUCUUCGCCACCGUUGAUUUGCUAAGCCAAGAUGGGACUGAAUGUGCCUUCGACAAUCAAUACUCUUUGUGCCUCGUCCACAAAAGGGAUAAUUCCGCAGUUUCGUUCUUUCCAUGACUGUCCAUUUACCUUCCAGCUAAAGAGCUCACAUUUAGUAUAAAACAAGAAUCAUUUUGAAUUGCUUUGUGCAAAGGCCCAUCUUCCAAAUGUCCUGGGAAUUGUGUCUCGGGCUUCUCCACUAAACACGUCUCCAUCUGUCCUUUGCUUUGUGCAAAAGCCCAUCUUCCAAAUGUCCUGGAAAUUGUGUCUCAGCCUUCACCGCUAAACACAUCUUUUGCAAACUAUAGUUCCCAAGUUCCCCAGACUAAAGAUUGCUAACCCUUAGACCAAAACAAAACCCAUGCUGCAGAUGAAGAGAGAGAAAACUGAGGCCUUCCCAACGUUGUUGAAGUAGAUGCCAUGCUUUACUGUUGGCAAGGGCUACUAGUUAAUACCAACUAAAGCAAACCCAUGAAGCCAACCAUUGAAUGGUGAGCCAGUCAAUCCUAUAGAUUCAAUGAGUCUAGUAGAGUCAAGGCUGACAAGGCCAUUUUUAAUGUGAAUUUUUGAUAGUUUUAUAGUUUUUCUACAUAUUGGUAGUAGUGCUAUUUUCAGUAAGCUUCGAAACUAUUGUCUGGGCCCGUUCGGUGUCCAUCCGCACUGUAUACUUAUAGCACUGCGAAUCCACUUUAAAAUCUUGUGCUGUGUCUUUUAGUGCAGCGCUAGGGCUUUCAAAGAAUUCUAAAGAAUUCUAAAUUUCAAAGUAUUUCCUUAGAGGUCAACCAUAAAAGCACUAAACUUACUCAUUCACUCCUGUUUUGGUAUUUUAGGACGAGUUCAUUUCAAUUCUGUGCCCUUGUAAAAAUGCACGAGCCCGAACCUCUUCUUUUUCUUCCUCAGGAAUAUUAUGUUUUACUAGUUACUAGAAGAUAUAACUAGUAAAACAUGAACAGUAAUAUAUGAACAGGAACAUAGAAAACUUCCAGGAUAUAUAAAAUCCAAAAUCAAAGCUUGAACCAGGAACAAGAGAACUCAGGCAUAGCUUCUCACUUUAACACGGUGUUGCCUGAACUGCACUUAGGGUAAACAACUUGUUUAGUAGACAACCAUGAAAGCAUUCUGUUUCCCAUGAUUUUUUUCCACAACUUUCCCUCUGUGAACGACGCAAUCUAUUUUUGGCUCUUGAUUUGUAAACAGACUUUUGUUGAUCUCCGUAGCUGCAGGUAGGUUCCCAUGGGAACCCUCCUCAUCACUCAGCUCUUCAAUGGAUUCCUUAUCUGCUGUUGCUACUUCUGACUUCCAUGAAUGCCCUCGAGGCCCUGCACUUUCCAAGCCAGUUUUCUCACAGAGAGAACCAUCAUUUCCCAGACUUGAGGGCCCACCACUUUAUGCCAUAAGAAAGCUCACAAUCCUCUCUGAAUCAUCCACAGGAAAGCUCACAAUCCUCUCUAAAUCAUCAGUCAAACCAUCAGCCUCUGGUGACUGAUCUGCAACACAUGCUAAGGAACAAAAAAGGGGAAUUGUUCUGCAAUUCCAGGUCACCUGCAAACCUAAGCGAUUGCUAUAUAUUGGAUUCCUGCCACAUCAUUUCAAUCUAUGGAAAUCAACCAUCAGUGGCCCGGAUUUGUGAGUUUUCACUACUGGAUCAAUAAGAAUUACGUCUAUGUUGACUUGCUGGUCAAGCAUUAAGCCAAUGGGCCUGCCCUCCUUGGAUCAAGUAAUAGGAUUUCGAGCAAUAUAGGAGGAAGUUUUCCUUACCGCUCUUAAAGACGUAGGAAAAGCCAGGCUUUUAUACUGCAAAGGUGUGGUUCUAGCUUUGGUUUCAUUGGUUUCGUCUUUACCUGUUUUAUAUUAACCACCUGAAAAUCAAGCUGUACCCAUUGUAUUUUAUACACUAAUAUUAAGUACCUCUGUACCUACUCCCCUUAAUUUAACAUUUGUGUUAUCGGUGUCCAUUUAUGAUUUUAAUAUGUAUCUUGAAAUAGCUAAAAUCUCUCUUUCAGCAGCAGUUGUCUAGGAGUAACACCCAUUGAGCUCAACUCUGGAAGAGAAAGCAUUGCAUCACCUCCCCUUUGGGAUAUCUACUUCACCUCCCUUUGACUGCAACACUGUUUACUUUGUAGAAGUAGUCACCUUUAUAUGCUACUGUUUAUAUUGCAUUUUUUUAAGAGCAGGAAAUUUCCAGACAGAAGGGGAUCCGGUCUCAUUAUUGAGGGUGUCCCCACAGCUUGCAGGACAGGCUCCAGUUGAGAAUAAUCUCCCAAAUAUCCCAUUUUGAGAGUGAUUUUCUGGUUGCGUGGCCCAAAAUGCUCCUUGAAGUCCUCAGAUUUGCUUCUUGAACUCCUUGGAUUUCCAUUUGACUUCUUCUCAAACUAUAUGUCCAUGAGACAGGUCGGCCCAAAAUUCUCCUUGAAGUUCUCAGAUUUGCUUCUUGAACUCCUCGGAUUUUCAUUUGACUUCUUCUCAAACUAUAUGUCCAUGAGACAGGUCGGCCCAAAAUUCUCCUUGAAGUUCUCAGAUUUGCUUCUUGAACUCCUCGGAUUUUCAUUUGACUUCUUCUCAAACUAUAUGUCCAUGAGACAGGUCGGCCCAAAAUUCUCCUUAAAGUUCUCAGAUUUGCUUCUUGAACUCCUCGGAUUUUCAUUUGACUUCUUCUCAAACUAUAUGUCCAUGAGACAGGUCAGUUUUGGAGUGAGUCUCAAGAUUGAUAAGGCCCGUGGCUUUAGAUCAGUGGUUCCCAACCUUUUUUGAUCACUUUGGCCAAGGGCCACUCUCCGACAGUAGUACCAAAAGGGUUACAAAUCAGUUUUUGGUCAACUUUAGAUUCGGCUUGGCUAUUUGGGGUGCUGAUUCAGAAAAUUGCAUUGGAUUUUUUUUAUCAACUUUUUUUUUUUGGUCAACUUUAGAUCCGGCUUGGCUAUUUGGGGUUGCUGAUUCAGAAACUUGCAUUGGAUAGAUCUAGUUUAUUUUAUUUUUUAAAUAUUUUAUUAGAAUUUCAGAUAUUGUAUACAGUGAAAGUGUGAGAAUAAUAAUAGUAAUGGUGAGGUUGCGGGCCACUGGUGUUCCACGGACCACAAAUUGGGAACCACUGAUUUAUAGAGACAGGGUUGGAUUUCCCUUCCCAUGAAACUGGUCUCGAUGCAAGGAGACAAAAAGGCAUCCAAGGCCCAAAGAAGUAUCUUUCUACCACAACUCAGGGAAUUCUUUGUGACUUCAGAGGGUGCACGGCUUACGGCCUUUGUCUCAGGGAUGGAUCUGCAAUGUGUUUCAUCAGACCCAAGACCAGUGAUGUUGUGUGCCUUCCAACAGUCCCACUUUGGGAUGGAUUAUAUCAAUUAGUCCUCUGCCAUCCCACUUUCCCCGCUAAUUUUAAAGUGUCCCGGUUUCUGUCCCCGAAUCCCACUUCCUCUCUUACGUCAGUUGUUGCAAAUGGAGUUCAAAGUAGUUUGCAUGCAAACUACGCUCUGGUGUUGCUUGGCUCCACGCAUCCUGGUUUUCAUCUGCAAAAGCAUGCAAAUGUGAGUAGAUCAAUAGGUACCACUCUGGCGGGAAGGUAACGGUGCUCCAUGCAGUCAUGCCAGCCACAUGAACUUGGAGGUGUCUAUGGACAAUGCUGGCUCUUCGGCUUAGAAAUGGAGAUGAGCACCAACCCCAGAGUCGGUCACGACUGGACUUAACGUCAGGGGAAACCUUUACCUUUACCUAAAUUUUACAAAGGGCAGAGUCUUGCCACUUCCUAUUGGUCAAAUGAUUUAUAGUGGGCUUUAAACGACCCGAGGCUCUGGCGGCACAGCGGGUUAAACUGCUGAGCUGUGGAACUGUCGAAUCUGCCAAGUGGGGUGAGCUCCCAUUGUUAGCCCUAGCUUCUGCCAACCUCAAAAACUUACAAAUGUGAGUAGAUCAAUAGGUACCGCUUAUUGGCGGGAAGGUAACAGCGCUCCAUGCAGUCAUACCAAGGAGAUGUCUAUAGACAACGCUGGCUCUUCGGCUUAGAAAUGGAGAUGAGCACAACCCUCCCAGAUGGACUCGACUGGACUUAAUGUAAAUGUAAUGUUUACCUUUACUAGAUGGCCCAGGGAGACCUAAUAGCUUGGCAAAGGUGCCCCGUUAUGGAGACUUGAGGGCAUUUGGAGGCCAAAAUAUUCACUCUUAUUUCUGGGAAGUGAAGCCUUCCAAGGUCUAGGCAUCAAAUCUGUUCUCCAAGGUGCUGAAACUUAUCCCCAAAGUCGAUUUAGCAAGUCGGAUAGCUCCUUUACAGGGACCCAUAACCCAGAGUGGAUUCGCCACUUCUACCAGUCUUUUCUUAGACAAGUAAAAUAAGGCGAUUGUUUGAAAAGACUGUUAGGACAAUGGGCCAAGCAAAAGCUCCCCUAACCUUUUGACAUGUUUCAUCAGGCCUAAACCUGAGACCAAUGAUGUUGUGUGCCUUCCAACAGAUCUUAGUGGUUUUUAAUGGUGUUCUUGAGAAAAGUCUGAAAGGUGAUUGAGACAAAUUUCAAUAAGUCCGUGACUCGUUCUACCCAAAACACGAUGGAAUCCGUUUUGAGACCGAUCCCUGGCUGUCUGAAGAAUGUAUGCACUGUCAAACCUGCUCUUGUUAUGUAGCCAACAAUGUAUUGUAAUUAUUAACCAAAAUAUAAAUUAAAAGGAUUCUAUAUUUAUACAGCUUGA